GGGCCUGCGCAGAGCACUGAGAACGUAGCCUACAUCUCAGUUAUGCUUGCAGCUUUGGGCUCCCUGGCAGCCACUGUCUGGGGGCUGCUCCAUCUCCGCACUCUCCUGCUGGGCGCAGUUGUAUUUCUCUUCUUUGUUGAUUUCCUCAAAAGUCGUCGCCCAAAGAACUACCCGCCUGGGCCCCCGCGCCUGCCCUUCGUGGGACACAUCUUCUAUCUGGACUUUAAGAAGGUUCACCUGUCGCUUCAGCGGUUCGUGAAGAAGUAUGGGAAUGUUCUUAGGCUGGAAUUUGGUGAUUUGUCUUCGGUUGUCAUAACUGGAUUGCCCUUAAUCAAAGAAGUCCUUGUCCACCAGGGCGAAAACUUUGUGAACCGCCCCAAAGCCCCUUUCACAGAACGUCUCUUUAUGAACAAAGGAUUGAUCAUGUCCAAUGGCCAGGAAUGGAAGGAGCAAAGAAGGUUUGCCCUGAUGACACUGAGGAACUUUGGUUUAGGAAAGAAGAGCUUAGAGGAACGCAUUCAGGAAGAGGCCCGCUACCUCACCCAGGCAGUAGGAGAGGAGGCUGGACAGCCUUUCGACCCAAACUUGAAAAUCAAGAAUGCGGUAUCCAAUAUUAUCUGCUCCAUCACAUUUGGGGAGCGUUUUGACUACCAGGAUGAUCAGUUCCAGGAGUUGCUGAGGCUGUUGGACGAGUUCAUGAGUCUGCAGACAUCAAUAUGCUGCCAGCUCUAUGAUGUCUUUCCACGGAUAAUGAACAUUCUCCCUGGACCCCACCAAAGGAUCUUUAGUAACUGGGAGAAACUGAAAAUGUUCAUUGCCCAUGUGAUUGAAAACCACAAGAGAGACUGGAAUCCUGCUGAAGCAAGAGACUUCAUUGAUGCUUACCUCCAGGAAAUAGAGAAGCAUAGAGGCAACGCUACUGCAAGUUUCAAUGAAGAAAACCUCAUCCACAGCACCCUGGACCUCUUCUUCGCUGGAACGGAGACAACUUCGACGACGCUGCGCUGGGGUCUGCUCUACAUGGCCCUGUACCCCGAAAUCCAAGAAAAAGUUCAGGCUGAGAUCGACAGGGUACUUGGCCAAUGGCAGCAGCCGAGCACAACAGCUCGAGAGUCCAUGCCCUACACCAACGCUGUCAUUCACGAGGUGCAGAGAAUGGGAGACAUUGUCCCCCUGAACGUGCCCAGGGAGGUGACAGUGGACACCACGCUGGCUGGAUACCACCUGCCCAAGGGAAUCAUGGUCCUGAGCAACCUGACUGCACUGCACACGGACCCCACAGUGUGGGCCACCCCAGACACGUUCAAUCCGGAGCACUUUCUGGAGAAUGGACAGUUUAAGAAAAGGGAAGCUUUUCUGCCUUUCUCAGCAGGAAAGCGGGUGUGCCUUGGAGAGCAGUUGGCCAGGUCUGAGUUGUUCAUCUUUUUUACUUCUCUUGUGCAAAAAUUCACCUUCAGGCCUCCAGACAAUGAGAAGCUGAGCCUGAAGUUCAAAACAGGCCUGACCAUCUCCCCAGUCACCUACCGCAUCUGUGCUGUUCCUCGGGAGUGAGGUUGUCUGGGAGGGAGUAGGGAAAGCAAGAAGAAAUCAUAUGUCCCCUUGCCCCCAUGGCACUGUUGCUUGCUGAGAAAUGAAAGAACAGAAUGACCUGCCUCUGAGGAAGGUCCUAGGACUUGGACUCAGAGGAAACUAGAUCCAAACUCCAGGUUUCCCAUCCCUAGUGUAGCCCUGAGUGAAUCAGUUAUGUUGGGAGGGAUUUGCAUUUUUACCCAGUAAUGAAAAGAGGAUAAUGAUUUUUCUCUAAAGGAAGAAUACUAUAUAAAUCAGAGGAAAUAAUGGACUUUAAUGAUUUGGAAACCAUACAGCACAUCAUGAAAUUUGUAGCUGUGACCUGCCUGCCUCCUGCUUCCUUCCUUAGUCCUGGAUUAGCUUCUGGUCUGUUGACGUGGCUCGGGUCAGAUUUUGCCAAAUGACGCACGAGAGUUAGCAGACCCUGGGGCCAGCAGGGCUGUCAAGUGGAGAGACUUUUUCCCUCCUUCCACCAUAUUAUGUACCCUCUUUACAGAAGUGAGCUACAGAGGUUACAAAAACUGCUUCCUGAUGCCCCGUGACAGGACCCACCCGGGGUUCCAGUGCCUUACUGUAGCACUAGGGCCUCAACAGUGCUUUCCAGGGGCCGUUUGACUGGCGGCAACUGGAUGCAGCUGAAACCGAGAAAGGAAGAGGCCCGUUUCCACCUCCUGUUACACGUGUGCCGUCCCGCCCACAGUGAGAGCCUGACAAGUGCCCUUUCUCGUUCCGUGUGGAAUGAAAGGUGUAGGGGAAUGACUCCCAGGACUGCUCAGGACCUUGCUGUGUCCCAGGGUCAGCCCUGUGAACAGAGGGACAGGACUGGAAAUGUCAGUAAUUAGACAGAAUUUUCACAGCUUUGACCUACUUUAUGAAGAAUUCUUGCCUUGUUUUAACUUUAUCACAAGUACACACUGGUGUUUCUGCCAUUACGUCUCUCAAAGUUCAGUUCCAAAUAGAUUUGUAUUAGAAGAUUCUCCUUUGUUUUACUCUGCUUAGUUUGGAUGAAUGCAAUCCUGCAAUAUGGCUAUUAACUUAGCAUUUUCUUAUUUAAUAAAAUUGCAUUGCUUCCCCCAAUAUCCACAUAACUCUGGUGAUAUCUUCCUCUGUGUGGAAAAACCAAACCUUCGGAAUUGUCUUAUCUUCUUAGAAAGCGUAGAUGGAGCUGUGCUUUGGAAAUAAGUCUCACAUAAAUAGUAUUUUCACAUGAAUAGAACACUUAUUUUUUGAGCAUGAACUGUGAGGCAGAUACACAGUGACUGACAAGGAAGGAACAGGGCUGUCUCUUCUUCAAGCCCACAGUCGAGUGCUGGUGGUGCUGGGGAGUGGGGGAUCAUAUACCUACAAAUAAGUGUACAGUGGUGGUGCCCACUGGGGAAGGGGCACCCCAGGAAAAAUUUCUGAAACACAUGCAGCCACGGCAUCUUUCAUCACUCUCUCCAUGGCACAGCGGUCUCCAGGGGGAGGGAUGAGUGUGGUAAGUCCCUCGGGUUGGUCCCUCCCCCACCUCAGCUCUUGGAAACCAGAGCAGUACAUUGUGCCCUGGAUUCCUUCCAUGUUUACCUUCUUUUUUAAUGAGACAGAAUGACU